AUGGCGGGGCGGCGGGCCGGGGCCGGGGCCGGGGCCGGGGCGCUGCUGGCGCUGCUGGCGCUGCGGGCUCUCCGGGCCGCCGCGCACCCGCAGUGCCUGGACUUCAGGCCGCCCUUCCGGCCGCCGCAGCCGCUGCGCUUCUGCGAGCAGUACUCGGCCUUCGGCUGCUGCACGGCCGAGCGGGACGCGGCGCUCGCCCGCCGCUUCGGGGCCCUGGCGGCCCGCGUGGGCGCCGCCGUGUGGGCGCCGUGCGCCGGCUACGCGCUGGACCUGCUGUGCCAGGAAUGCUCACCCUACGCAGCCCACCUCUAUGAUGCUGAGGACCCGGCCACCCCCCUGCGGACAGUGCCUGGCCUUUGUGAAGACUACUGCUUAGACAUGUGGCAGACGUGCCGGGGUCUCUUUCGCCACCUCUCCGCUGACCAAGAGCUCUGGGCCCUCGAGGGAAACCGCGCCAAAUUCUGCCGCUACCUGUCGCUAGACGAUAUUGACUACUGCUUCCCAAGACUGCUGGUUAACGAGAACCUGAACUUGAACCUGGGCCAUGUGGUGUCUGAUGCCAAAGGCUGCCUGCAGCUGUGUCUGGAGGAGGUGGCCAACGGGCUGCGCAACCCCGUGGCUAUGGUGCACGCAGGCGAUGGCACCCACCGCUUCUUUGUGGCUGAGCAGGUGGGGCUGGUAUGGGCCUACCUGCCCGAUGGCUCGCGCCUCCAGAAGCCUUUCCUGAAUGUGAGCCAGGCAGUGCUCACAUCACCCUGGGAGGGGGAUGAGCGUGGCUUCCUGUGCCUGGCCUUCCACCCCCGCUUCCCACACCCUCCCAAGGUCUACGUCUACUAUUCAGUGGGGGUUGGUUUCCACGAGUGGAUCCGCAUCAGUGAAUUCAGGGUCUCUGAAGAUGACGCGAACACGGUGGACCAUAGCUCAGAGAGGAUAAUACUGGAAAUUGAAGAACCAGCCUCCAACCACAAUGGAGGCCAGCUGCUCUUCGGGAAUGAUGGGUACCUGUACAUCUUCACUGGAGAUGGUGGGAUGGCUGGAGACCCCUUUGGGAAGUUUGGAAAUUCCCAGAACAAGUCGGCGCUGCUGGGCAAGGUGCUGCGCGUGGACGUGGACCGGAACGAGCGCGGCCCGCCCUACCGCGUGCCCCCCGACAACCCCUUCGUGGGCGAGCCGGGCGCGCGGCCCGAGGUCUACGCCCUGGGCGUGCGCAACAUGUGGCGCUGCUCCUUCGACCGCGGCGACCCGCUCUCGGGGGCCGGCCGCGGGCGCCUCUUCUGCGGCGACGUGGGCCAGAACAAGUUCGAGGAGGUGGACCUGGUGGAGCGCGGCCGCAACUACGGCUGGCGCGCGCGCGAGGGCUUCCAGUGCUACGACCGCAAGCUGUGCGCCAACGCCUCGCUCGACGAUACGCUCCCGAUUUUCGCCUAUCCACACAAGUUGGGCAAAUCUGUCACAGGGGGCUACGUGUACCGAGGCUGCGAAUACCCCAACCUCAACGGUCUCUACAUUUUCGGUGACUUCAUGAGCGGGCGACUGAUGUCCCUCCAGGAGAACCCUGAGACUGGCCAGUGGCAGUACAGUGAGGUCUGCAUGGGCCACGGACAGACCUGUGCAUUCCCAGGCCUCAUCAACAACUACCACCCCCACAUCAUCUCCUUUGGGGAGGAUGAGGCUGGGGAGCUGUACUUCAUGUCCACAAGUGUGCCCAGUGCCACAGCUGCACACGGAGUCAUCUACAAAGUCAUUGACCCCUCCAGACGGGCACCUCCUGGCAAGUGCCGGAUCCGCCCAGCACAGGUGAAGGUGAAGAGCCGUCUCAUCCCUUUUGUGCCCAAGGAAAAGUUCAUCAGGACACCAGAGAGCACCCCGCGCCCCACAGAGCGCCCCAAAGCGCGCCCCAAAGCGCCAGCAUCUACCAAGUCACCCCGCCGCAGCAGUCCCAUAGCCACUUCCCCGUCGCCCAGCCCGCCUCCUGCCCGACCCACGCGGCGGCCAGGGGGCCGGAGGGGCAGCGGGCGGCGGCGGGGUCGGCCGGGCACCACGGACCUGUCACUCCCAAACGGCGCGGUGCGCCUGGUGCGGCCCUCAGGCCUGAGCUCGGGCCGCGGCCGCGUGGAGGUGUUCGUGGACGGACGCUGGGGCACCGUGUGCGACGAUGCCUGGGAUGACAAGGCUGCUGCUGUCGUGUGUCGCCAGCUGGGCUUUCCCCACGUGGUGCGCGCCGCCAGGCGCGCAGAGUUUGGCGAGGGCCGCGCGCUGCCCAUCCUGCUGGACGACGUGCGGUGCUCCGGCGAUGAGCACAGCCUGCUGGGAUGCAAGCACGCUGGCGUGGGCAUCCACAACUGCGGGCACCAGGAGGACGCGGGCGUCGUGUGCAGCCACCAAGACCCUAACUUGUAGGCAAGCCUGACCCUGCCAUCCGACAAGGCUAGAGCCUAGCAGGGUCCCUUCGCCUGGUUCAACCCACACAGGGCGUGGCGGAGGUCGUGUGGCGCAUGUGCAGAGCUGUCCCAUUGGACCCUGUGGGCAUGCAGGACACUGUGUCCUUGGCAUCGCCGCCCACGUGCUCCAUGGGCCAGAAGAGCUCUUACCUGCUGGCAGGAAUGAUCUGGACUCGCAGGCAGAGGGCAUCUGUGUCAGAAGCAGACACACCCCCGUUUACCUUCACAGAUACACAGCUGGCAGACUGAGGGAGGGGCCAGGCUUACCCUGCCAGGGCCUCUAGAGUGAUAGGUGCCAGACCAGCUGAAGUAUGACCUGAAGGAUGUGGCUGGAGGAACAAGGCCCAAGAAUGGACAGGUGAUGCAGCAGUUAGAGUCUCUAGAGGGUAGGAAAGCAACUGGGGGGAGGCAGAGAAGACAUCAAGACAAGUCCAGUGGGGCCUAUGACCAUGGCUGCCCACGAGGCAUGAGGCUGCUAAAAGGAAUCAAGCACCCAUCUCCUGGGAGAGCAGACUGAGAAUCCUGGAUGACCUCUGAGGCCACUUAGGAGACCUUCGCAUACCUGGGGAAGCUCUGGACCCCCUUCAUCCCCGAGACCUGGCUCCUGCUUUGUGGACAGAAAUCCCCUGAUAAGCCCACCUGGCCUCUCUGGUCCCUGGGUUCCAGCAAAGGAGGCCCCUCUACUCCCAUGGUUGUGUCUGGGACCUUUGGGGGCUCCUGUCAUGUCCCCAUCAAUGCUCUGAAAUCUCAGGGGACCCUCUAAGGCCUCCAGCCCCACCUAGGGGCUUCCUAGGCUAUAGGGCCAAAAAGACUACUAAUUCUGUCACCAUGGCUGUGCCAAGAAUGUGACUGUUUACAACCCCUCCCUUCCUCGGGACCCUUAGCCUCCCUUGCCUGGGAGUUGGGGUACAAGGUUAAGGGGGUCAGCAGAUUGGAGGCAGGGCCUGCAGCCAGCCUGCAGUUAGGAAGGUCACUUGUUCAAGGAGGUCCUCAGCCUUUGACCUGUGCCACAGCGCUGGACGGGGAGCUCAGGACUGCUGAGCUUAAGGUCAGAUGGGUGCGGGGCUGGAGAACAGAUGAGUCACUGGGCAGUGAGGGCAGGAUGUGGUCUGUGGUGGGCAGGAGUGGCCAGGGGUCUGAGUGAGACUCCCUGCCCAGCCUUGUGGGAAGAGGCCCCAUCCACACUGAGUUCUGAGUUAAGCAGGUCUGGGUGGUAUGCCAGGCAGAGGAACUGGCGCAGGUCUGGGUCCAGGCUCGUCAACGCCUGCUCCUGUUCUGUGCAGCUGAGUGUGGAGCGCUGGGAUGUGGAGUGAGGUCGAGGGUCACCCUCGCUAGAGCAAGCCUCUGGAAGCUGGUAUUCUCUGAAAUAAAAGGGUUUUCUGAGCAGUUCCAGAAAAGAUUACAUCCUGGAGCAAAGCUGCUCAGCCUCCAGCCCUAAGACCUCGGAA